AGGUCGUACGCUCUCUGCGUAGCGCAGCGCGCGCUCAAAUCCCCCUCCUCCGCGACUCACGCGACCGCGCACGCACGCUCGCUCGCUCACCGGUGCUCAGCGGCUCUCACUGCCCUUCCUGCAGCUAAGGAUACUUAUCUGACAUUCCUGCAACAAAUCGGGAUCAUGGCCUCAGUAAUGCAGAAACUGAUCACCCCCCUGGCCAGCGGCCCCACUGAGCCCCCCAGGAACAAAGUCACAAUUGUUGGCGUGGGACAGGUGGGCAUGGCGUGUGCCGUCAGCAUCCUACUCCGGGAGCUUGCAGAUGAGCUGGCUUUGGUUGAUGUUGUGGAGGACAGACUGAAGGGGGAGAUGUUGGAUCUGCAACAUGGCAGCCUCUUCCUCAAGACGCCUAAGAUUGUGGCUGAUAAGGACUACUCGGUGACCGCUAACUCUCGUAUCGUGGUGGUGACGGCCGGAGUGCGUCAGCAGGAGGGCGAGAGCAGACUGAACCUUGUGCAGAGAAACGUCAACAUUUUCAAACACAUCAUCCCUCAGAUUGUCAAAUACAGUCCCGACUGCACCCUCAUCGUGGUGUCCAAUCCAGUGGAUGUUUUGACUUACGUGACCUGGAAGCUGAGCGGCCUGCCAAAGCACCGUGUGAUCGGCAGCGGGACCAACCUGGACUCUGCUCGCUUCCGCUUCAUCAUGGCCGAGAAGCUGGGCAUCCAUGCCAGCAGCUUCAACGGCUAUAUUUUGGGAGAGCACGGAGACUCUAGCGUGCCUGUGUGGAGCGGAGCGAAUGUUGCUGGAGUCAGCCUGCAGAAACUCAACCCUGACAUUGGCACAGAUAAAGACAGCGAGAACUGGAAGGAAGCUCACAAGAUGGUUGUGGACAGUGCUUAUGAAGUGAUCAAGCUGAAGGGUUACACUAACUGGGCCAUCGGCCUCAGUGUGGCCGACCUGACCGAGACCCUUGUGAAGAACCUGAACCGGGUCCACCCUGUCUCCACCAUGGUGAAGGGCAUGUACGGUAUCGGCGAGGAGGUGUACCUCAGCCUGCCCUGUGUGCUGAACAGCAGCGGAGUGGGCAGCGUCAUCAACAUGACCCUGAACGACGAAGAAAUCUCUCAGCUGAAGAAGAGCGCAGACACUCUGUGGGGUAUCCAGAAAGACCUUAAGGACCUGUAGACCAGCCGCGGGACACCGUGCACUCCUUCCCUUGACUCCGCUCACACUCCCCGGGUAUCUUUACACACUCUCUAACUCGGUGUCUGUCCUUUCUUCUCACUUGCUUUUGGACACGGUUGCUUUGAAGUAUUUCUCUUUUCUUUUUCUUUUUUUCGUGGUGGUUAAUGUAGGCACAGUAAUAAUCCAAAAUGUGGAAUUUUUCUUCUUCUAAAGAGAAUGAUCAAAGGGAAACAUCUCUGGUUCUUCACAUUUGCACUUGUUAACCUAGUCGCUCUGUGUGGGCAAUAAAGAAAGAACCAACACCUCUCUUGUCUAGACAUAAUUGGGUGAGUUCAUUAGGGAACGUUCUUGGGUCUUUCUGUUUAAGUCAAGAGGAGAAGGGAUUGAAGAGAGAGAGAUACAAGUGUAUUCAUUCUUCUGAAUCAUGUUGUAAGUGUUGAUCAUGUGAGUGUAAAAGAUCAAAUUAAUAAAUUUAAACCUGUUCAAA